CGGCGGCGCCGAGGCGAGGUCGGGCAGGGCCGCCAUGGCCGCGCUGCUCUGCGGGUCCCGUGUCGUGGCGGGCGGCGAUGAGGGCACCGAUAGCGACAGCGACGAUGGCGGCUGGGACAUUGGCAUCGUGCGGCAGGAGCCGCAGCAGUUGGAUCAAAUGUUGCAGGCGGAUAAGAAUGAGGCAUUAAAGAAGGCUCUGUUUCGUGGUGAUGUGUCUUUAAUUGAAGAACUCUUAAACUCAGGCAUCAGCAUAGAAACUAGCUUUCAGUUUGGAUGGACUCCCCUGAUGUGUGCUGCCAGUGUGGCCAACUUUGCAGUAGUGCAUCUUCUUCUGGACAGAGGUGCCAACGCAUGUUUUGAAAUAGAUAAAUACACUGUGCUGAUGGCAGCAUGUACUGCACAAGCUUCAGAGGAGAACAUCUUGAAGACUGUAGAACUGCUUCUAUCAAGGAAUGCUGACCCUAACUUUUCUUGCAGGAAAAAAAUGACUGCACUGAUGUAUGCAGCUAGAAAAGGCUAUGCUCGCGUUGUUGCUCUGCUUGUUGCUCAUGGAUCACACAUAAACACCCAAGAUGAAAAUGGAUAUUCAGCAUUAAUAUGGGCAGCACAGCAUGGACAUAGAAGUGUAAUUUUGAAGUUGCUUGAGCUAGGAGCUGACAAAAAUCUACAGACUAAGGAUGAAAAAACAGCAGCAGAGAUAGCAAAAAUCAAUAAACAUACAGAGAUUUUUAGUUUGCUCUCUUUGGCUGCAAAUCACUUGCAAGGGAGAUACCAUAAAACGGUUGAGCAAGAGGCUAUCUGCAAAUUUCUGACAGCUGUCCCUGACCACGGAGUUGGUUCCUAUUCACUCUUUGAUGACAUGGAAGUGUUUUUACAUGGUCUUGGUCUAGAACACAUUAGAGGACUAUUGAAGGAACAAGAUAUAGCUUUAAGAGAACUUCUGAUCAUGCAAAAAGAUGACUUAAUACAGAUUGGCAUUACAAAUCCUGGAGAUCAAGAGAAACUCCUAGGUGCUAUUAAUGAGCUGCAAGUGGAUGAAAAAAGAAUUGAAGACUUCUCUGAAAUUUUGAAGCUGGAAUUGAGUGAAGAUGAAUUCUACAAGUUUCUUCAGAAGCUGAAUAAAGAGUGUAGUAAGUUGAUCAUUCCUGUGCAGACCAUGAAUAAGCAUUUUCUCAAAAAUUCGCACAAGAUGGUACUGCAGUGGGCACCGACUGAAACUUACAUUGAACUCUGCAAAGAUUUGGUUUGCAGUGUUAGGAAGCUGGGAGAAGAAGUUGCCAAACUGGAGGACCUGGUAGUGAAGCAUGAACAGAAGAAUGAACCCAACCAAGUGAAACUUCCAAAAAAAGCAGCCACCUUGGAAAAAAGAUUAGUAAAGAUGGGAGGGGUAACAUUGCUUGGAUUUGGUUUUUUCUUCUUUAUAAUUAAAUUAGUGGUAAAGAAAACCUGAAUUUAAGUUUAGUGCUGUUUCUCAUCAUAUCUGUAGUAGUAUCAAGUAUGUACUUUGAUCUAGAAAUAAAGUUAUUAAAAAUUAAAACUGUUACUUAAGAGUAUCUUAUGGGUUUAUUUUGAAAUUUUUUUGUAUACAAUGUAGGUCUAAAAUCCUGUCGAAGCUCCUUUUCUUUUUUGGCUUAAAGUUGUAAUUAUUGCUUACUAAUGACUAGUUUCAUUUUUUUUACUUUUAGCUGUUUGGAGAUGAACAUAAUUCCGAUUAUAUCACAUGUUUGUAUUUAAAAUUAUAAUGCAGAUGUGUUUUGGGGGUUGGAAGGGUUUAAAAUAUUUUAAGUAUCAUAUUCAAUGUUAUGUUGAUAAAGAUCUUUUCUCUUGCAGAGAGAUAUACUUUUUUUUUCUUUUCACAAUCAAGAGGACUGUGGAGAUCUUUUUACACAUUGCCUAAAAAGUAAUUUCCCGCUGAACUAUGAUAUUCAUAUUAUACCCGACAUCUGUUUCUUUAGGGAUACUCACUUCUAUUAAGAGUUUCAUCACAUCUAUUAAAAGGAUAAUAACAGUGCUUUGCUGUAAGAAUGCAGGCAACUUAGAAGGCAUAGCAGCAUGUUUUUUCUUGAUCUGGUCUUUCACUAAAAAUUUUUUCUUAAUAUUUUGUCCACUUAAAAAGGUGUUUGUAAUCCCAGAGUGAAGCAUUAAUAAGUGGUUUUGAUCCGCUCUACCAAAACAGCUAUGUUGGAAAAAGGGGAAUUGGUGUAAGUGAAUUCAAAUCAGUUAUGUUUUUGCAGGCUUCAAUAAACAUCUUUAAAAAUGCAAAAUAUUUUGGAAGGGACUUUCUUCUGUCAAAAUGAAACAAAAGGAGUCUAAAAAACAUAAACCUGGAUGGGUGUGUUACACUUUAGGUCUUUCAGUUUUCAGAAAUGUUUUGUGGAAUCUUAAUCUUUGGUAUUCCCUCCAGAGACCAGUAAGGAGAAGAUAAAAACUUGAGUGCUAUUCCAAUUGCUGUAACUGCAGUUUUCUGCUUUUUAUUUUACUGCAUUGGGUGUUAGUAUGUUUCCUUAUUACUGCAGUUGUUAUACCUCCUUUCCUCACAGGUUUCUCCUUCAAUGCAAGGAAAAUCCUACACAGUGAUGAGGCUAGAGGAAAAAAUAGCAUAAGUUAGGAUUUUUUUUCUGUUCUGCUUCCCAUUUUGGGUUAGAAGGGAUAAGCUGUAUUCACCACCACCAUCUGCCAGCAGAAGUGGAAGUGAGCAUACUAUCAGCCUGAACAAAUGAAGUAUAAAAAAGGAAAUGUUUGAAAAAUAGUUCUCUAUUUCUUCAUAAUACCUUAGAAUUAAUCCUAAACUAAUAAGACACGUAUUGCGAAAGGAAGAACCUUUUAUAUAUGCACACUCUUUCUCUGAUUAGCUCAAAAUACAGUUCAAAUGCAGUUGCCCAGCGAUGGGAUGGCUCACAGGUGUUACUAGAACUUUGACAGCUAAUGUUUUUUGGGUGUUUGUUGCAUGAAGUUGUUGGGGUUUUAGGGGGGGUGGAUAGUGGAGGGAGAGUAGGUAGCCAUGUUGCUCAGACUAUGUUUCCAACAUGUACUUUUUUAUUAGUUAAGUGGAAUUAUUUCGACCACUAGUAAGAUUUCUGUGAUACUGCACUUGAAGAGAUUCUUCUACUUAGCCCUUACUUCUCCACUUCAGUGACAAUUUGCAUUAACAAAGCCGGUGCAAAGGACACUGAACAAAGCUUCCAUUUGAAGAGAUGUGUUUCCUGUCACUGGUAGAUCUUGAUAUUUGAAACAGUAAAAAUUUAAACUAUUUUUUUCCAUGAAUUUUAAGUUAAGAUCUGGUCAUAUGGAGGCUUUUUAAGCUAAACUUGGAGGUCUUACCAUUGAACAGAAAAUCUACUCUGGGAAAGUUUUAUCAGUGUUUAACUAAAUUAUUAUGCCUUUGGUGUAAAACACUUAUGAGGGAAAAAAUAAUGCAUGAUAGUUGCCUAUAAUUUUUUUCUAAUUUGAGAGUUACAAUAAAAUAUUAUUUGCAGAAAUGAGUCAAAGGUCUGACUGAACUCUAGGAGAAGACCUCCAAAACACAUUUGGAAGAAGAUGGUCCUUUUAAAUUACCUUACGGAUCACCUGUUUCAGAUGCUUAUAGCCAUGACCGCAAACACAUGUGAACAUGAUUUGGGUUAAACAUAGGCUUUGUGCCAGCAGCAUUCUUGGCAUCGUGCACUGUUCAAGAAUAGUGUUCAAAACUACAUAAACCACUCACAAGAAGUAGGGUCUUGGAGUAACCACUUUAAGUUGUAUUUGUUAAUUGAUCUGUCAAGAACUGUGUUGCAUGAAGAGGACAUGCUAAGAGCUAAAUGAGCAAAGAUUAUUUUG